AUGGUUUCGCCAGUGACACCCAUCUCUUCGUCUGCCACGAUAAGUCUGGGUGCUCCACCCGAAGGCAUCUAUCUCACAUUCGAGGAUCUUCUUACAGCAGUUCAGCGCGUGGCCAAAGAUAAUGGCUAUGGGAUUGUGAAACUUCGCGCCUCCAACUACCGCGACGCAAAACCGACCAGGUACGAUCUCGUUUGUGAUCGUGGCGGCGUGAAAUAUAACAGCACAGCUAAGAAGCGAAAUCCUUCGACAAGAAAGGUGGAUUGCCCAUUCCGAGCCAAGGCCGUGUGCGAAGUUUCGUUGGCAAACCAGUGGCGGUUUGUGGUUCAGGAUCCUCGCCACAACCACGAGGCACGAGUGCCCGCGGCACCUCCGGGUCAGGAGGGAGCACCUAUGGCACAAAACUUGCGGAGCAUCACUAAUAAGCUUGAUCGCAUUGGCCACGAUGUCAGCCAGGGAUUUCAGGAGCUGCACGCACGCUUCGACAAGAUGAUCGAUAAUCUGGAAAAAAGGCUAGAAGCGAUGGAGCAGCGAAUGGAUGGAAUGGGAGCACUGGCGGCCGCAAUGCCCCCAAAUCUCGGCAAUGGGUUGGGAAAUGGCAUGUCUAACGCCCCAAACGUCAUUGAUGGCCGGUUGAGCAACGUUGAGGCUCGGCUCAACGCAAUGGAAGGACGGGGCCUAGAAAUGCCCUUGGAUGACGUCGACUCUAGAAUCCUUUCUACUGGCGUGAUGUGA